AUGGAGCCCAGUUCACCGUCGACCAGUAAGGUAUUUACAAACCGAAAACGAGAUGUAUCGGCGGAUUCCAGAGAAGCCGAGUUGUACAAAAAGUAUGAUAACAUCAACACGAAUCUGGCCCGGCUACUAAAAGAAAUUGACGAACUUGAUGAGCAAAUAGAAGUCAUUGAAAAAUGUGCAACUGAACGGACGGCACGCUACAAAGGCAACAAUGAACUAAAGGAAUUUAUCGCUAAA